CCAUUUCGUUCCCAAAUGAGCCUAGAGAAACUCGACUCCUUCUCUUAGGUCCGGGUUGAGGCGCACUCCCUCUACCUGCGUCCUUCCGAGCAAUGUCCUCAUCAGAGCAGCCUCUCAAGAAGCGGAAGCUCUACGAGACUCGACCAGAAACACCGCCACCGGCACAACCCGCAGAAACCCUAGCUGAGCCUCGGAGCACCGUAGUUUCACCAUCAACACCACCACCACUCUCCCAAGAGGAAAUUCUCGCGAGACGAAGAAACAGAGAUGAGAUUAAAAAUGUCUACGAUACUUACAAGCGCCUUAAGUUCUGCGUUUCUCAAAAAGAGGGCCGCCACAUGCCCGACCUUGAGCAAACUUAUCUUGCUCUCAUUACUGCCUCAAGAGGUUGCACUAGUGUACAGCGUAUAGUAGCUGAUCUCAUUCCUCGAUAUGCGUCAUAUUGUCCAACUGCCCUUGAAGCUGCAACUAAAGUUGUUAUCAAUAUGCAUAACCAGAAUACGGCAGUGAUAAAUAGAGGCGAGGAUUCUAAUGGUAUCGCAUUUGAGACUGCAAAGGCCUGUAUUUUUGGUUUAGCUGAUAUCUGUCACACUGCUUCUCUGGUGGCUCCAACAUCUUCUGUAAUUCGGGGCAUCUGUUCUGCUGUUUUUCAGAAUGUGCUCUCAUUUUUCAUGUCCUCGUUUGAGGGAAAGGGUGCUUUUCAGAUUGUUGAUAAGGAAAUAUUGAAGAUGCUGGGUUCUGCUGAGGUCUUUUCUGAGCUAAAGCAAAAGUUUUCUGAUGAAGACAUAUCUUCAACAGUUAAGUUAUUCAAGUUUCGUGUGCUAAGUAUGUUCUGGAUCUUCUUUUCUUGUUCGAAAAAUCUGCUUGCAGCAUGUUUUGAUCUCCUCAAAUCUGCUGGCUCUGACCACAUUCGUGAAGCGCAGUGUUUUCUUAGUCAGGUGACAAGCAGUCUUGAUGAUAAUUUUGUGCCUCCUCUAUCAGAUAAAGCACACGAUAGGCCAGCAUCAUCCAAAAGCUGUAAAAAAACAAGUGUCACAGGCAAUGAAGUUAGUGAUGAGGACCUUUUAUCAGAUGGCAACCGUGUUUCAGCAGAUUCACAUUCUGUCCAGCGGAACUGCUUAUUGCAACUGGUUCUUGGUAACAGUGUAUCAUUGAGAAGUUGGAUGUUCUCAAAAUAUAAGAAGCAAUGUAACAUGCCAUCUUUUGUAGCUGUAUCAGAAAUUAGAUCCACGCUGGAAGAAAUCUUUGAAUCAUAUACUGAACUUAGUAAACUAGAAGAUACCCAAAUGGACAGUGAUGAGGACAAUUUAGAUGCCUCGCAAUUUAUCAAUAGGCAAUACGUGGUAUCUAGGAUCUCUAAUCAACAUCAAAUCUCUGGUGAACUGUCUAGUAAAGAUGGUACUAGUCAUGAUAAUGGAGGGUCAAGAUCCAUGGACUUUGAGAUGAGUGAUCCUGCAGAUGCUUCACAUGGCAGGUCUUCCCUGCCCAGAGACUUACAGAACCAACAGAUGCUUUCACCUGUUACAAGAACAAUAAUAGACUCUAGGAACAAUUCAUUUGAAGGUGGAAACCAUAAUGUUCAUAUUGACAAGAAUACAACUUCAAAUGUUGACUUCAGUUCACCAAUUGCGAGAUCUGCUAGUGGAGCCAUAGAUAAUGCUUUUGCUUCUCCUAAACAUCAUUUGGGGACACCAUAUGGUUCAAUGACUCAGACUGUUUGGUUCUGUGAUGGGGACCCUGCUGCAAUGGAUAUUUUCUCUGCUUCUAGACAGCUUUGGUUGGGUUCUGUAGGCCCUGAAGCAUCUGAAGCUCAUCUGAGGUUUCAGCUUGAGAGGUUUGGCCCUAUAGAACAGUUUUUCUUUUUUCCAGCGAAAGGAUUUGCCUUGGUGGAGUACAGGAGCAUAAUUGAUGCCAUAAGGGCUCGGGAAUAUAUGCGCUGCCAUUUUCCUUGGCAGAUAAAGUUCAUGGAUAUAGGAUUAGGAACUAGGGGAGCUAUGAAUGGUGUUGCAGUUGGUUCUAGUUGUCAUGUUUAUGUGGGAAAUAUCUCAAGCCAAUGGGCAAGGGAUGAGAUUUUGCAUGAAUCAAGGAAAGUGCUUUACAAGGGUCCUUACAUGUUCACUGAUCUUAGCAAUGAAGGAGCAUUAUUAAUGGAGUUUGAAACUCCUGAAGAAGCUACUGCUGUCAUGGCACAUCUCAGGCAGCAUCGGAAGGAAAAAAGCAGUCAUCUGCCGCCUUUUAAUGCUGGGUCAUCAAAUGUUACAAUGUCUCAACUGGAUGGUGGAAGAUCAAUGCCAGCCCCAAUCCAUGCUGACAUCAGAACCAGUAAUUCUGGGAGCAUGUGCAAGAUUGAAUCACCUCAUACUCAAACCGCAGUUGGGAGCCCUGCUGACAGCUGUAGGACAAGGAUGUCCCACUUAUCUUCCUUACUUGCAUCAUUGCGGACAAAGUACAGCAUUAGUGUACACCCAAACUAUUUUGAGAAUUAUACAUCUGGAUGCAGCAAUGCUGCUAUGGUGAGGGAUGUAGACCAAGUGCCAUCAAGUACACUUUGGAUUUGUAUUCCAAAUGUUAGCUCCCCCCUCAUCACAGAUGAUGAGCUAAUGUCAAUUUGCAAUCUUGCUUCUGCUAAUGUAGGAUCUAUAGUUAGGUUGAUGCGAGCAAACAUGCAGAUGGGUUGUGGUUGGUUUGUUGAUUGCAGCAAUGUUGAAGCUGCAAACACUCUUCUGAAAAAUCUUCGUAGUUGUCCUGGGAUGUUCUUUCAGAUUGAUUUCAGUCAACCAGGAAAGAACUAUACUGCCUCGUUCCCAAUGAAGUCUGAUGGCAGCUCCAUGGAGCUUGUAUCACCCAGAAUAAAAUCAGAGAAUCAUGGGCCUACAGUACAAGCUGCUCGUUCAUUUGGGGGAGUGGACCCUUCACAGGGAGGUGGCCGUGCUGUUUCUGCUGCCUCUGAGCAAAUGUGGAUGUACAAGAAAAAUGAAAUGGAGCUGCAUCCUGCACCUGCGAGCAUUCCAAGUGUACCAAUUGGAGCUCAGGGACGACCUAUUCUCCCACCACAGCAGUUCCAGCCAUCUCAAUUUGUCCGACCUGUUUACCAUCCUCCAAACAGUGCAUGGGAUCCACGAGUUUUGAACCAUCAUGCUCCUUUGAACCCAAUGUCUCCAGUGGUAAUGCCCAAUAUCUUUCAGGGUAGCACUGUUGCACCGCCUUUUAUACCUGCUUCUGUGACUCCAUUGGCACAGAUACAGCGACCUCCAGUACAGCACUUUGACCAAAUGUUCUCCCUGCCUGUUGUUCCACCACCCUUAUCUUCUGUGCCUCCUCAGCCUGAAAUACCCCCUCCACCUCCACUUCCCCCUCCGCCUUUUGUACCACCACCUUUAGCAUCAAUACCACCUCAGCCUGAAAUACUCCCUCCAUUGCCACCAUCCCCGCCACCUGCUCCCCCUCCACCUCGUUCACCUCCUCCACCUCCACCCUUUGCAGAAUCAACUGAUGCAGAAACGUCUGGAAAAUCUAAGCAGUAUCAGUGGCAGGGCACACUAUGUAAAAGUGGGGUUCAUUAUUGCACGAUCUUUUCAUACAAGGUUGAUUCUGAUAUUUGCAAAUAUUCAAGUCUGAUUUCUGAACCUGUGGAAUGGCCCUCUAAACUGGAUAUGACCAAACGCACAGAUUUUCGGCAUGUGAAGUCAACAUUUACAAGUACACCACCUCAUAAAAGGGAAGUAUGCCUGUUGAUCCCCUCAUCUGCGAGUGACCAAAAAGGGUUUCAGGACUUCAUAUCAUACUUGAAACAAAGGGAUUGUGCUGGAGUAAUUAAAAUCCCAGCUGUGAAAUCCAUGUGGGCAAGGCUUCUCUUCAUACUUCCCUACUCGCAUGAAACAUGUUCGAUGCUUUCUAUAGCUCCUGAUGCAUCCAACUGCUUGAUUGCUUUGGUUUUGCCUAAAGAAACAAACUUCGAAUGGGUUUGAUCGCAGUUAUUAGUUGAACAGAAGCUUAGCAGAGUCUCAAUUCUGCCAUAUAGUGAUCUUUGAAGUCUCAAGGUAGAAAUUUGAUCUCUUUACAGCAUAUCAUCCAUUGGAUAACAGUCGCAGCGACAGGAAGAAACCAAUGUCAAUCCUGGUUCCAGUUAUCACCUUGAGGCUUAUCGCAGGGCAAAAAUCAAUUUGAUUGAAUGAUGUUGGUCAAUUCAACUUUCAAAUGAUUUGGUGAGAUGCAAGUCUAGCACAGUAGCUGGAUGCAACAAAUACCUUGCGGCUCAUUUCCAGAAUGGGAAAAACUUUUUAGUGCAAAUCCUGCUGCAACCUAAACGAGAUUUAGGCAGCUUCAAUUUUGUUUUUGUUGUCUUUGACAGUUUUCUACUGUAACGAUGAUGAAGCGGUACAUUAUGUUUUGUAUUCAUCUUAUUGCUGAUUGAAAGUAGAGGUAAAGGUAGUUCUGUUGAUAUUUGUAGAAUAUUUUGUACUGCUAAUUUGUCAGCACUAUAUGAUGAGGACUGCUUUUUUCUUCUU